AUGGAUAAUAAUUUCAAUUUUAUUAAUGAUGGAUUUAAUAAUGAUUUACGACCUACAACAAGUGAUUCUCAAGCAGAAAAUCCAAAUGUUAAUUUCAAUGCUUCUUGUAAUUACAACAAUAAUAAUAGUUAUCCCACGAUGAAUGGUGAUGUUUCCUCAGUAUCUUAUAGCAAUACACCUGGUAACUUUCCUAUGUCUUCGCAAUCUUAUCCUAUCGCUUCAUCAGAUCCUCCACUUUUCUUACCGCAAUAUAUUGCCCAGAAUGCACCGCAGUUCGUUCAAAAUAAUUCUUCGCCAUCGAGUAUGACCGAUUCUUCACAAAUUAACCAUACUAAAAUCUUUACAUUUGAAAUUCCCGGGAUCAAAAUUAUCGUUAUACCUACUUUCCCACUAAUGAUUAAUUCCUCUCAAACGAAUAAUUCUGAAAUCUUUACAUUAGACAUUCCUGGGUCCAAAGUCAUCAUUGUCACACUUUCUUUCCAAUGA